UGCGAAUGAUGUCACGAGCAAAAACAACCACCACCAGCGAUUGUUACAAAGCUAGCUCGGUGAAAUGUCAUCAAACACACGGAAUUCCGUUGUCAGACACGAGACCCUGGCAGUGUAUCAUGUCGGACCUGGACACCCUCGUUGUGACUUUCCAGACCCAGCUCUCAGAUGUGAUGGAGACUGUGGUAAAGACGGCCAUGUAUGAGGUCACCAGGUUGGUGGAGGACGGCUUACUGGAGGAGGUGAAGCGCAGGAGCCAGGAGGUGGAGUCCCUGAGGAUGCAGCUGCAGUGGGCUGAGAGAAAGUUAUGUGACCAAGCGGAGAAAGAAAGAGGGAAAACUGGCAAGUGUGUUGACUGUGCAAAGGAUGAUGUGGAACUGUCCAGUGACGCUGCAGAAGAAAGGCCCAAAGAACAGCAGGAUGUCAUUUUAAGAGGCUGUGGUGUGAAGAAAGAGGAUGCCUCUGUGGAAAGGUGGACAAGAAGCCUAAGACAGGAAGUCCUACCAGAGUUACCACAGGCAACAGACAGUCCUAGAGCCACUCACAGCCCUGAGAGGAAAACACAGACAAUGGAAGAAGAAGAAGAUGUGUUGCCAGCAGUGGAUGUGAAGGAAGAAGAAAUGAAUAACCCAUCUUGUUCUUCUGUGCAUUUGGGAGGGUGGAGUGGAACCCUUGAUGGUGAAGCAGGACCUGAAUCCCACAGGGCUACGAGAUGGCUGAGGAACAACCGAAACAAACUCAAGAGAACAGUGAGGAAUUAUUGA